CCGUAUCCCACCACUUUCUUACAUCUCUUUCACUCUUUGUCAACUCUUUUUUUAAUUAUUCAAAACCAAUAUUUUGAAACAUUCUCUAUCUCUUUCUCUCUUUGUUUGUAUCUGAAUUCUGUUUUCUUUCCUCUGUUCUUUGCCGUGUGUUUUAAACCGUCGAUGAGCGAUCGGAGUCUGAAAAAGUCUCUCACCGGAAAAAGCAAUCACCCGGCCGACGAGAAUUUGGAUCUCUUCUCAGUCAACCGUGAGGCCUCUUUGGAUGUUUUGCUUAAACUAGGAAAAGAACAAGCUAAACUUGCUAAGCCUGAAGCUCAUGAUGUGAAGAAACAUGAAAAUGACUCGCUUUAUAACAUUUUCGAAGUUCCAUUGGGAACUCUCUCUCGAUUGGUUCUAGAAGCUAGAAACACAACUUUGAAGCCUCAGUCCAUUUCUACUACAAGGGCUGUCUUAAGGAACGAGAGCGACCCAUCUUCAAGACCAACGAGAAGCGGUUCAACUAUUCGUCCCUCCAACAUUCCCACGCUCAGAUCCUCUUCGGUCCCCAGGAAGACGACAGCAACAACUUCAGCUUCAGCUUCAGUUUCUUCUCCGAAGAGAACUGUCUCUCGAUCUUUAACCCCCAUAUCACGCAAAACACCUUCACCUUCUUCAACUCCUUCAAGAAUAAGUACAACUACUUCAACCACUCCUUCCUUUAAAAAAACUGGAGACGCUCAAAGAUCAAGAUCGUUGACUCCAAGGUCAAAGCCUGAUCUUGCAGCAAAUUCAGCUCCACCUUCAAGUAAGACCAAUGUGCGUUCUGCUUCUGUGUCAUCACGUGGAUGUGUACGUCGUGAUAAAUGCAUCCCAGUUUCAACAACACCUCAGACACCACCAAGACAAAAAGAAACAGUCACUCUAGCGUUUGGUAGACCAGUGGGGAAUGUAAUUAGUUCGCCAAAACGGAACACUUCCCCGGAUGUUACAAGAACAAGGCCUAAAGGACGCUCUGCUUCUCCUUCUCGGAUUCCGACUUUUUCAGGCGUCACGCAUACAACAACAACGCCCAAGUCUGUAAAGCCAUCUGCAACUGUUGCAGAUUCAACUAGGUCAGGAAGGAGAUUGUCAAGAGCUUCGGUUCAAAUGGCUAUCAAUCACUUGGAUGUGACACGAAAUGGUAAAGUUGGAAAAAAUGCGUAUUCAAGCACAAUGUUGUACCCACACAGCAUCAGAACUUCUUCUUCGGGUUUAAGAAAGCAGUGUGGUAGUAGUACUGAAGGAAGCUGCAGCAGCAGCAACCAUGAAGAGGAAGAUGGAAGAAGCUUAACCAAAGAAGGAAUUAACACAGAGAAUAAGAACGACAGUGCUCGUUACGAUGCACUCUUGAAUGUUAAAGAUGUGAAGGAUACAAACUGGCUACUCAACAUUGAUGAUGAAUCUCAUCAUUCUCUCAUCUUCGAUAAUGCUUUCGACUCUCCUCCUGACCUCUUCUCUCCUCUUUGACUCUUUUUUUACUUGUUUGUUUUAAUUUUAAAACGAGAGAGCUGCUUGGAAAAAUAAUCUUGUUUCACUCUUUUUAAUUUUUUUAUGCAACAAAGAGAAAAACAAAUAUAAAAAAGGAGUUAUUCUAGUAAUUGUUUCUUUGAAAGUGUUGCUUGUAUUGGAUCAACAGAAAUAAUGUAUAAAAUCCAUAUAAAACAGAGAAGUGGUGGUUGAUGCAUUAUGUUACAUUUUGUAUCGCAAUUUAUUUUACAUCCAUUUGGUUUCACACUUUCACUCUCGGUUCUCAUAAGUGGUUCGUCUCAUGUCUGGUUUGUUCACAUCACAAGAGUUGUAACUUGUAAUGGUUAGUAACGAAGCAUCCAUUACCAAAAGCGUUAUAGACAACAAACCAAAUAGUACACUGAUCAGAUUCAUGUUUAAUGUUUUGUAGAAAGAAGA